AUGACUGAAGUACCCGUCCAAAGCUUCCAACCCCAGGUUCCAGAUACUACCGCUGGACCCUACGAACAUACCUACAUCCCACGCGCUGACGGUGCCAUUAUUGUUAAUGGUGUUGUCUACGUUCAAGAGACCAAGACUCCAAUUCCAGUCGCAGCUCAACAUCAACCUCUUUACCCUCAACCCGCCUUCCAACCUUACCCCUACAACCCUUAUCUUCAAUUCGCAGGCAACAAUCAACAAGUACCUUUCGGUGCCGGCUAUGUUCCCCAACCCGCCAUGGGCACAUACGGAGCUACCGGCAGUGAAAUUCAAUUGCAGCAGAUGCAGAUACCAGAGGCGAGCAAGAAGCAAGAUAUGAAGCCAUCUGAUGAUGAUCCCUUUCGCAUGUAUUGGGUUCGGGAGCUCGAUGAUACCUGGACUCAGAGAAACAGAAUGACGAUUGACAGUGGUGAUAUUGGUAAAAUUAGAUGGUAUGUAACUGAUGGUGUUUUCUACGCCGCCAGAUUGCCUGAGUAG